AUGCUUCCUCGGAAGAGACAGCGCCCCAACCCGGGAGACUCGACCUCCGCUCUGCGGCGGCCGAAACCGAGUCAAAGCACUACGUCACUGUCUCAAGGUGUCAGUGCAGCCGAAGCCGACUUGGCCCUCAGUCAACGGAGGCUACCCCCGCCUGCACCGUCGACGGCAGCCCAGCUGUUGGGAGCAAACGAUCACAAGCAGGUCCGGAAAGCCAAGAGUUGGUACGGCUCGUGGCCGAAGACGCCCGACAAGGCCUCGCCUUCCACCUCGGUCGCACGGGAGAACAUUUUGGGAGGCACCGUCCGGUCCAAUAAGGCGCCGGAUCUGAGCCGCUUCGACCAGAGAAAGGCCGACGAUUCCGCCAGCGUCCGCAGCAACGCAGCGGCACCAUUGCUUUCGAAGGUGCCCGAGAACAUGCCCCUUCCAAGCCGCGAGACGUCUUCCUCCACCCGAGAGGCACCGGAGCCCUCGACUGGCGAGGACGGCGCGUCUUCCCAUCCGCCAGCACCCGCCAACAGCCCUCCGCGCCCCUCCUCGAGCUGGGCCGGCUGGUGGUCAACCCCCGUCGCCGACCCCGUCCAGACGCAACCUCCAUCGGCAGAGGACUGUUCACAACGCCAUAAAGAGGCAGACGACGGCAAGCCAGGUACGAGCAGUCAAAAGCAGGACGCGUCAGCUGCUCCGCACUCGGCGCCCGUGCCACCGGAAGCAACGGCGGCGACGUCCUGGUUCGGCUUCUUGUCCAGCACCGGUCCCAAGUUGGACCCAAAGCCAGAUCUCCCCGAGGAUGUGACGACGGACGUCAAAGAUGCCGAGGACGUUGUGAUGGAGGAUGCACCACCACCUCGGCCGACGAAGCAAGCCGCCACACCAACGGCCGGCUCCACAUGGGCCUUCUGGUCCAAGGACUCGCCCAAGAAGGAUGGGAAGAGAGGAGAGGCCGAGUCUGGAGAGAUGGCCAUCAUCGGCGAGGUCUCCGAAGCACACCCGACACCCAUGGCCGAGGGAGAUGUCGACGGUUCCAAGAAUCAGCGCAACAAGGCGGAUCAGGCGAAGAAAAAGUCGACGUGGCGGAGGAAGAGGGCCAGGCCACGCGAGUCGAUGGAGUCGGACACGCGAACGCCUACGCCCACGCCGCCGCACGGCAAGGUCGAUGAGGGCGCCGAGCCGGUGUCCCAGUCCGAGACGGAAUCGAAAGCGCCUCAGGCAAGGACAGAGUCCUCGACCGAGUCCACCUCGGCGUCCAAGCUGCCGCCGAACCUCCUCCUCCCCUCCUUCACCAGCACGUACCGGAUGAAGGAAAACCCGACGAUUGUGCAGCAAAUCGCGAGCUUCAUCCUCCGUGCUUCGCCGGCGCCGCCAAGCCACGUUUUCCGCGUUCAGGAUCCCCCCAAGGUCCGCAAGGCCAUCGCCAUCGGCGUCCACGGCUUCUUCCCCGCCACAUACCUCCGGCCCAUGAUCGGUCAACCGACGGGCACAUCCCUCCGGUUCGCCAACCUCUGCGCCGAUGCCAUCCGCCGCUGGACCGACGCCCACGACUGCGAGGGCUGCGAGAUUGAAAAGGUGGCGCUCGAGGGCGAAGGCCGUAUCGGCGAACGCGUCGGCAACUUGUGGAAGCUCCUGCUCAACUGGAUCGACCACCUGCGCACCGCCGACCUCAUCCUCGUCGCCUCUCACUCGCAGGGCGUCCCCGUCAGCGUCAUGCUGCUCGAGAAGCUCAUCGACCUCGGCAUCGUCACCAACGCGCGCAUCGGCGUCUGCGCCAUGGCCGGGGUCGCCCUCGGUCCCUUUCCCGACUACAAGUCCAGCAUCCUCAUGGGCUCGGCCGCCGAGCUCUGGGAGUUUGGGAACCCUGAAAGCAGCAUCUCGCAGCGAUUCGAGUCCGCUCUCAAGCACGUGCUCGACUACGGCGCCCGCGUCACCUUUAUCGGCAGCAUCGACGACCAGCUGGUGCCCAUGGAGUCGGCCGUGUACUCUCCCGCCAGCCAUCCCUACAUCUACCGGGCCGUCUUCAUCGACGGCCGCAUCCACGCCCCCGACUUCAUCGCCCACCUGGUAGGCUUCGCCCUCAAGCUGCGCAACCUCGGCGUCUCGGACCACGGUCUCAUCCGCGAACUGUCGGCUCCGCUCGCCGGCAGCCUCUACUCGGGCGAGGGCCACUCCCGCCUCUACUACGACGAUGCCGUUUACGACCUCGCCAUUGCGCACACGCUCGAGACGUCGUCCAUGGCCAACCUCGCGCCGUGCGACGUCAAGCCCCCGGUCGCGCGACCCAACAACGCCGCCAACCCGGCGGCGGCCAACCCGUACGUUCUGCCGUGGAUCAUGCGCGGCAUGCUCGAGGAGGACUUUGUGCGGACCGAGCUGAGCGCCGAAACGGAGGAGCUGCUGCGAAAGUUUGACGACUGGAAGCCUGCCAACAAGGCGCUGAGAGACGUCAAAUAUCGCCUGGAGGCGGUGCGUUCGAAGCUGUGA